UUUUUUUGUUUUGUUUCUCCUACACCUGGCAAGCCUCUCCUCCUGGAAAUGCUGGUGAUGAGUCAACUGUCCAUUACUUAUUGCUGUGAUCUUCCUGUAGGUUACUACUACCUACUAACCUGGCACUCACCUGAUCUCAACCUAGGGCAUCACAACCUCCACUUGUGGUGACCUAUUAAUGCCUCCUCCUCCUCCUGUCCCUGUCAUGUCAUGCUCUUGUUCCUGUGAGGCUGUGAUCAGUGCAGACAGCUUCUUCUGCUACCCCCCACAAGCUUCCUCAAAGAAGAGAUCGGCCACCAUUUUGUGGUCUCAUUUCUGAGCUCCCUUUUUGUUUCCUGAUUGCUGGUGUUUGAUUCCUGUUUUUUUUUGGCACAAGGAAAUUUUCUCUGAAUUUCAGUUAGUUUGAGGUCUCUGAAUUUGCCUGCUGAUUGCUGUGUAUUUUCCUCACUUCUCUUGUUCCAUUUCAGCUGUUCUUGGUACACUUGGCACUUGGCUGUGUACCAAGAACAAAUCAGAUUCCACAUAUAUAUAAGUUCUUUCUUGAUCGAUCAAUCUUUCCUCUAACCUUUUGGUGUGUCACAAGGUUUGAGGCUGUUGAUGAUCAUCUCCAAGAAUCAAACAUACCCACUCUCCCAGCCUUUUCUGACCGAUUCCUGAUCCAAGAUUAACACCACACACAAUCCACAAAAUCCCCAAAAGUAUCCCAAGAAACACCUCAUUUCUUGAUCAGAACUACACUCUGCAGAAGCAAAAUGGCGCCGGCGCCGCUCGCCGGCGGCAGGCUGGUGCUGGUGGUGGUGGUGGCGGCGGCGUGCAUGGCGCGGUGGUCGGAGGGGAUCGGCGUGAACUGGGGCACGCAGCUGAGCCACCCGCUGCCGGCGAGCACGGUGGUGCAGCUGCUCAAGGACAACGGGUUCGACAGGGUGAAGCUGUUCGACGCCGAGGACGGCAUCCUGGCGGCGCUCAAGGGGUCGGGCAUACAGGUGAUGGUCGGCAUCCCCAACGACAUGCUCGCCGACCUCGCCGCCGGCGCCAAGGCCGCCGACGACUGGGUCGCCACGAACGUCUCCAACCACGUCAACAACGGCGUCGACAUCAGGUACGUAGCCGUCGGGAACGAGCCGUUCCUGGAGACGUUCAACGGGACGUACCUGAACACGACGUUCCCGGCGAUGCAGAGCGUGCAGGCAGCGCUGAAGAAGGCCGGGCUCGCCGACAAGGUGAAGGUGACGGUGCCGCUCAACGCCGACGUGUACCAGUCGCCGACGGGGAAGCCCUCCGACGGCGACUUCCGCGCCGACAUCCACGGCCUGAUGCUCACCAUCGUCCAGUUCCUCGCCGACACCGGCGCGCCGUUCGUCGCCAACGUGUACCCGUUCAUCAGCCUCUACAAGGACCCCAACUUCCCGCUCGACUACGCCUUCUUUCAGGGCUCGUCGGCGCCGGUGGUGGAUGGUGGCGUGACGUACCAGAACACGUUCGACGCCAACCACGACACGCUGGUGGCGGCGCUGCGGCGGAACGGGUACCCGAACGUGUCCAUCAUCGUCGGCGAGGUCGGGUGGCCGACCGACGGCGACGCCAACGCGAACCCGCAGUACGCACGACAGUUCAACCAGGGGUUCCUCACCCACAUCGCCUCCGGCCAGGGCACGCCACUCCGGCCUGGCCCCGUCGACGCCUACCUCUUCAGCCUCAUCGACGAGGACCAGAAGAGCAUCGAGCCGGGCAACUUCGAGCGCCACUGGGGCGUCUUCUACUACGACGGCCAGCCCAAGUACCCUCUCAGCCUUCGCGGCGGCGGCAACGGCAAUGGCAAUGGCAGCACGCUGAUGCCGGCGAAGGGUGUGACCUACCUGCAGCGGCGGUGGUGCGUGAUGAAGCCGUCGGCGAGCCUCGUCGACCAGAAGGUCGGCGACGGCGUGAGCUACGCGUGCGGGCUCGCCGACUGCACAAGCCUCGGGUACAAGACGUCGUGCGGCGGCCUCGACGCCAAGGGGAACGUGUCGUACGCGUUCAACAGCUACUACCAGGUGAACGACCAGGACGACCGUGCCUGCGACUUCAAGGGCAUCGCCACCACCACCACUGUCGACCCCUCUGCCGGGUCAUGCCGCUUCAUCAUCGAGAUUGCGCCCACCGCCAACGGCGUCGCCAUGGCGGCAACAGUUAGGGUCGCCGGCGUCAUGGCUGCCAUCCUCGCCGUGUUCAUACACUUGGUGGUGCCCGUGUUCUGAAUGGCUCCAACAUCCUUAGCUUAUCCUCUUAAUCAUCAUGUAUUUAUCUCUUGUUUAAUUUAAUUUAAACACGAAAAAUAGUUGUUUUUGUUUAUCUUGUUUAUCGCCUCGCAUCCUGCAUUCAAAUAUUAUCGGACGUGCUCCCCGCGUACCAAUCACAGUAGUUAGAUUUGUUUUAAAAUUUUUACAAGUGAGGAAGAAAAAAAAUCACAGCACAUGUACAUGAGAGAGGAUUCGGUCCUAUGACUUUUUUUUUUA